CAAGCACCUCUUCUGGAUCGAGCUUAUACCAGCGGCUUUACAUCUGAUACUGGUUCUGCUACUCCCUCAGGUUGGCGCACGGCAGGUGGAUAUGGCGACGUAAUGUCUGUAAAAGAACCGAGUGGUCGACAGGCUCUGACUUCUACUCUAGCCCCUACAUCCCGACUUACUGUACAAACACUUAGUCCGGAUGCCUUUCCUUGGCCAGCUGGUGGUCUGGCUGAGACCUGGCAUCAGUUGGAGUUUUCAGAGCUUAGUCCAGGUGGAAUAUGGGCCUUGGUACCACUUGACGUCUCUAGUACUAGUCCGCCGAUCCCCAAAUCAGCAACCGUCCCCUCAAAUCCCGUCUCUUCAUCUUCGUCUGAAGCCGGAAUGGCUGAACCGGCUGGGACACUCUCACGAACCUGUUCUUCCCUACACCCUCGACAAGAUGCUCUGAUUAGCCGAAGCCCUUCUUCAAGCCCCGGAUCUCCUCCCGUUGUACUGACUCAGCAUCUAGAUCCUGGUUCGCGUCGUUUCCUCUUAAUCUCGGCUCAUGGCCUCGUCACUCUUGGCCUACCCAGUCCACUCACUCAUCUUCGUCGCAUAAUAGCAUCAGGGAUUAAUCCUAUUGCUACACUCAGUAGCGGGAGCGCUGGGGUUGGUUCCUCUGUCAAUGAGCUGAGCAUGGGUGUCGGAACAAGUACUGGCUUUGGCCGAACUUCGCAGUACUGGCAUCAGACUCAAUUGGCAGGCUUUCUUCAGCAGUUUGGCCCUAAUGAGGCAGUAUGCGCUGCAAUCAUGAUUGCUGCAGAGGCCGUAGCUGCAGACGGUUCCAGCAUCUCUGAUGAAGCAGUCGAGGCGAUGGGAUCUACAGGAAGUGUAGUCGGCAAUGAGAUGGUUGGCAGGAUGACCCUCAUGGAUCUGGCCGAAAAGGUGAAGGCCCUUAGAUUAUAA